UCAAACUUGCGUAUUGUUAUUGGGUUAUUGUAGUUUUUAUUUCAAUUUUAUUUGUGAUUGUUUGUAUUGAUACGCACAACUGAUGAUAAACUCAGUAAAACUCUAGAUAGUUCAUCCUACCGCCACCAACCCUACCUAAAAAUGGGGGACAAAGUGGACAAGUCAAAGUCGAACAACCAAACAAAACAUCUCCCGAAAGAUGCUCAAGUAAUCAUGUCUAUCAUGAAGGAAGUCGGCAUCACGGACCACGAGCCCCGCGUCGUGAACCAGCUGCUCGAGUUCACGUACCGCUACGUGACGUCAGUGCUGGACGACGCCCGCGUCUUCGCUGCACAUUCGAAGAAAAAGGCCAUAGACCUGGACGAUGUGAGACUGGCGGUUCAGAUGCAGCUGGACAAGUCGUUCACGAGCCCGCCGCCGCGCGAGGUACUGCUGGAGAUCGCGAGGGUCAAGAACGUGAACCCGCUGCCACUCAUCAAGCCCCACUGCGGCUUGCGGUUACCUCCUGACAGAUACUGUCUAUCAGGCUGCAACUACAAACUAAAAGCAGCUGUGGCCAAGAAGGUGGUGGCCAAGGUGCCAAUGGGGCCGCCCACUCCUGUGGUGAAGACGGUGACGAAGCCCGGAACCCCCAAUGUGGUGGUGAAGCGCCCACCCAUUGUCAAUAUGCCUAAGCCCGGGGUGCCCAAGCCUGUGCUCAAGUUUACUUCUGGUAGUAAGGUAGUGGCGAAGCCGGCGGUGCGCGUCACUUCCGGCCCCUCCCCCUCCACUUCCGUCAAGAUGGAGGUCGAUGACCUUGGCGCCCUCAAGAGGAAGAGAGAAGAUGAUGACUAUGAUUAAGUACUGUUGAAUAGAUCCUAUUAGAUGUAAGUCUUUAAGUGUAAGUAAGAAUAAAUUUUCUAUUUCAUA